UUGUGUAUGUGUGUGUGUAUAAUGCAAAACCGGUUUUAAAAUCUUUAAGGAUUCCUCAUCCUUCUACUUUGACAGCUGCUUCAAAUUUUUGUUUUCAAACAUUUUUGACAUGAAAAGACUGAGACCUGACAUGAACGACCAAUAGUCAGUGUUUAUUUUUUGGGAAUGUUAAGGAGUAACAUGACAGCAAUAUUUGUGUUUAUUUGAGCAGCAGGAUUCAGUUAGACUGCAGUCAGAGAACACACCAUUCAGAUGCAAUGUUUUUCCUCACAUUUCCUUUUUUUCCUAAACAUAAACUUACUGGACUUGUGAGGUAGUGAAGGGUUAAAUUCUCCAUCUCUGAAAAUGUAUUCAAAACAGAGGUUUUUUUCUUCUCAAAUAAUGAGAAUAAUGAGAAACUAGUUCCUUUAUUCUCGUCAUCAUGCAGUACAACCUUCAAGGUAUUGCGUGUGCUUGUCUACUGAGGUAACUGUGUGUUUGUGUACUACAGUCAUGAGGUUUUUCCAGGGGGUGUUAAUGGGCUUGGUUUUAUUUAUAGUUACUGUUCCUGUGUCAUGUUUCUGUUAAGCAAUUUAUACAUUUUUAAGAAGCUCAGUGCUUAUUAUAUAAGACUGGGGGCAGGGCAUGUCGGGGGAGGGGUGUUGUCAGGGGCUGUGUUAGUUGUCAAGUUGUUUACUUGUCAUCACAUGCAUUAAACGUCUACUCAACGGUGUCUUUUUUGCUCUUUCUCUUGAAGUCACUUGCACCAGAAAUAAGUCUUCAAUACGACUCUUUAGUAGCUGUUUAUAUAAUGUUUUUGUCACAGUAAAUAAACAUGGAUACAAAGAGUAAUAAGUAGUAGCCAGUCAAUAUGCAAAUCCCACAGCAUUCAUAUCAUCUAUAUAGAGUUUAUUCCUUAGAAACAUAGUUUUAAAAAGGCAGGAUCAACCUUUUUCUUUUCUGAAAAAAAAUUUCACAAGAAGUGGGCUGUCCAGGGGUCAACAUGCAACAUGCCAAUGUGUCCCUGAGCAUACAGUAUCAUACCCAACCAUGGCACAGAGGACCAAUCUCUGUUUGCUUUGUAGCGACCCCUAAAGACAAUUGUCUGAAAUUAUUUAUUUUUUCACAUGACAGAUAUAACACAACUUUUUAAAUCAAUAAAAAAUAAACUUGCAUAGUAACUGAGAAGUUACUGUAUGCAAUAAGUUAGAAUAGGUAUUAGUAUAUAAUGUAAUAAUUAUUUUAUAUAAUUAUUAUAUUUAUAUAAUUUCAUGGGCACUGUUUAAUUUAAUCCACUGCAUAAUAAGAUGUUUUGUGGGGGAAAAACCUGGAAAAGUAGAUUCUGUUAUUCCACUUCUGGUGAGUGUUGCCUUGGAAGUCACAGAUACAAGUCUACUGUUUGUACACAGGCUACCAUUGACAGUACAUCUAUGUGAAUUAACUUCUGGCUCACCAUAAUCAGCACGGCUGAACCUUAAAAAAGAAAAAAAAAUCCGGUCCCUGUUUGUAUUUUUCAUGGUAAUCCUCAGACUGCACUCAGCAUUGGUCAGGUGAGAGAAAUGUUGACGGGCUGAAGUUACAGGACGGGCUGAAGUUCAAAUCCUCCCUGAGAGGCAGUUAUUGUGGCUGCUUGUAGAUCUGGCUCAGGCUGUUACACAACACCAGUGAAUUCCAUACAUCAGCUGUUUUCCCACCCCUCUCCCUUAAGCCUCCUCCCCCUACACUAGUGUGUUUUUUUUUUUUUGUCUGUGUGUGUCGUAAGAACAGCACGUUAAAAGAUCCAGAAGGCAGCGCACAAAGUAAAAACAUCAGGAUUUGCUGUUCAUAUUUAAAGAAAAAACUUUGGGGCCCAUCAGUCCUGCAGCAAAACAUUCACACACACUGUUUGUUUUGUUCUUCCAUUAUUGACCCCUAUCUGUAAGAAAUUGUGUCACCAUUAGAUGUCAGUGCAUCCUAAUUAGACAUUAAGCGAUCAGAUAAAAAUCAAAAUCGGUAGCUUUCAAUUAACAAAGAAGUCUGAAAUUGGAAUUGGCCCAAAAAAUGUUAUCAGUACCUGUGGUAGUGGUUCUCAAUGUGGGGGAGCACACCAACAAGGGGUGCAAAGAUAAUUUUAGGAAGGACAGCGCAGCAAGGCAAAAUUAAUCCGAUUUCAACAUUUUCUUGUCCAAAAGCAAAAGCUGUAAAUAAGUGGAUGUGGAGAUGCUCAGUAAUAGUCCUAUCUAUAAAAGGCAGGACUGCAGAUAAAUAAGGUGAACCAUGGCUUGAGGCCCCUGUGCAGGAGUGAUUAAUACGACAUGCAUGUUGUCAAAUUCUUUUGCAGUACAAGUAUGAACAUGUUUGUUCCUAGGCAUUAGAGGUUUCUUCUGCUUCUGAUAACAAGUCAUUUGAAGCAGUUUCAGUAUACGUAUGUUUGCUAGCCUAUGCCUUGUUACUGUCGCUAACAUGUAGCUGCAUGUGCUACUAGCCCCUGCAAGAAGUGAAGCCUGACGGUUAACAUGAUUAAAUAAAUAUCUGAAUUACCCCAGAGAACUGUCACUCAGGUUGUCUUUCAUAUUUAUUUUGAAUUUAAAUAUUUUAAAAAUGAAUUGGCCAAUUUGAAGCAAAUAACCAAAAAGGUGAUGGUAAAAUAUUUUCCUUUGAUAAGGUCAUGGUCCUUUGAUUUGAUCCCGCACCUUGCGCCAAGAAAACAGAAGAAGGCCUGGAGGUGGUGGAGAGGCAACAUUGCAGAUGCUAGUUAUCAGUAGGUUAGCAACAAGCAAGUCUGCUAAAGACAAUAGACAAUUAUAGCUAACUUGGGGUCCUGCUGCAGACCUAGGGCGCCCAGGGGUCAUAGGUCCUUUGAUUUAACAGGUUUAUAUGUUUUGUAUGUGUAAGUGUCUUACAGUGAGAAUAAACAAAGUGCUGUGGAAAUGCAGUUGGGAUCUUUUACUGUGACACUUGGCUUUUGGAGAAAGAGGUGUUUCACAGUGAAGAUGUUUCAGUGGCAGCGCCUCCUGAUGCCACAGUUUGAGAAGAAGACGGUCCACAUGAGGGACCCCGAGAGGGUGGAACAGAUCAUCUGUGGUCUGAUCAAGGGAGGGGCUUCCAAACUACAGAUCAUCACUGACUUCGACAUGACGCUAAGCAAAUUCGCUGUUAAUGGCAAACGCUGUCCCACGUGUCACAAUGUCAUCGAUAACUGCAGGUUGGUAACAGAAGAAUGUAGAACGAAGCUGCUGCAGCUGAAGAAUAAAUAUUAUGCCAUUGAGAUCGACCCUCACCUUACCAUGGAGGAGAAAUACCCAUUUAUGGUGGAAUGGUAUUUCCAGUCACACUCACUGCUUGUGGAGCAGAGGUUAGAAAAAGACAAGCUGCCUGAAGUGGUGAGGGAGUCUGACGCUGCCCUCAGGGAAGGCUUUGAACAUUUUUUCGAUCGCCUGCAUCAGCAUAACGUGCCUGUCUUCAUCUUUUCUGCUGGCCUGGGCGACGUCUUGGAAGAAAUCAUACGCCAGGCCGGGGUCUACACACCCAACAUUAAGGUCGUCUCCAACUUCAUGGACUUUGAUGACAAUGGCAUCGUAAAGGGUUUCAAAGGAGAGCUGAUCCACGUGUACAACAAACACGACGGUGCCCUCAGAAAUACAGAGUACUUCAAACAAGUGAGGGAGUAUUCCAACAUCAUUCUAAUGGGAGACUCGCUGGGGGACCUCAGCAUGGCCGACGGUGUUCCUAAUGUGGAAAACAUGCUGAAGAUCGGCUUCCUGAAUGACAAGGUGGAGGAGCAAUUAGACAAAUACCUGGACUCUUAUGACAUCGUCCUGGUUAAGGACGAGACUCUGGAAGUGCCCAACGCCAUCCUCCAGAAGGUUCUAUAGUUCAACACCAACAUAACACUUUGUGGCUGGUGUACGCUGGUUUCUGUUAAGCACCUCCAUUUACAAGGAAUCUACUCUUGACUCUUGACUCUUUACCGCCCCCUACCGCUACCUCCCUAAUGAACAGGUUUACAUGUUCGUUCUUUGUACUUUGAGUACUUGAGUUAGUAUGACUUAAUAAUCUCUCCCUCCAUCAUCAUUGUUUGCACAAUAGUGUUUUUAUUAUUAUUAUUAUUAUGUUUUGAAUAUUCUUGGGAAUUUUACAUUUUUGAUGUGGUAAUAUUUUUAGCGUACUUCUGCUGCCCACUCAUUGCCUCGUGUUUUUCCCAUCAUGCAUGUCACCACCUUCAGUGUCCAGGUCAGGCAAAAAGCACCUAUGAAAAGGUGAUAUACUUAAAUGAAAAGUGUCACUUAAACCUUCAUGUCACAAUGGUACAGAUGUAUCUGCACAAAUAAUACUUUUAAUGGGCCAUUCUUCUCAACCCAGUUUCCCAGAUCAUAUCAACCCUUCAUGAGAAAAAAACGUUUUUCGAAUUCAUCAUAUGUUUAAUCCUUAUCUACAUGGCAGAUUUCAAUGUAAGGUUUAAAAAUAAUUUGUAUUGAUAAGGUAGACCUCUAGUGGCCAAUAUCAGGAACUAAGACGUAAGAAAAGCAACCUUGUGUUUCCUGUUUGAAAAUGAAAUAAUAAAAACGUGCGAUAUAUCUAGAUGUGAUGUUUGCUGACCUGAG